UUUGCCCACCUGCCUGCAAGUCCCAGGGCUGCACCUCUGACGGUCAGUGCUGUCACAGCGAAUGUCUUGGGGACUGCACGGAGCCGAACAACCCCGAGAGAUGCGUGGCUUGCCGCAACUUCUACCUGGAAGGCAAAUGUGUGGACACCUGCCCCCCCGGUUACUAUCGCUUCGAGGGAUGGCGUUGCGUGACCUUCAGCUUCUGCCAGGAACUGCACAACAAGUGCAAAAACGCCAGGGAGUCGGGCUGUCACGUCAUCCACAACAACGAGUGUGUUCACGAAUGCCCAUCGGGGUACAUCAUGAAUUCCAGCAACCUGCACUGCACGCCCUGCGCGGGGCCCUGCCCGAAGGUUUGCGACUACGGGAAGGAGAAGACGAUCGAUUCGGUGACAUCGGCCCAGGAGCUUCGGGGCUGCACAGUUGUUAAUGGAAGCUUGGUUAUAAAUAUCCGUGGAGGAAAUAAUAUAGCAGCCGAGCUAGAAGCGAAUCUUGGCUUGAUAGAAGAAAUCUCAGGUUACCUAAAAAUUCGCCGGUCUUAUGCCUUGGUUUCUCUUUCUUUUUUUCGUAAACUACAUCUGAUUAGAGGAGAAACACUAGAGGCUGGGAAUUAUUCAUUUUAUGCCCUGGACAACCAGAAUCUGCGCCAGCUCUGGGACUGGAGUAAACACAACCUCACUAUUGCACGAGGCAAACUCUUCUUCCAUUAUAAUCCCAAACUGUGUUUGUCGGAGAUCCACAAGAUGGAGGAGAUCUCUGGGACCAAGGGGCGUCAGGAGAGGAACGACAUAGCCCUGAAGACGAACGGUGAUCAAGCCUCAUGUGAAAAUGAAUUACUGAAAUUUUCUUCCAUUAGAACUUCUCACGACAAGAUCCUGUUGAAGUGGGAGCCGUACUGGCCUCCCGAUUUCCGUGAUCUCCUGGGGUUUAUGCUUUUUUACAAAGAAGCUCCAUACCAAAACGUGACCGAGUUUGAUGGCCAAGACGCCUGCGGAUCCAACAGCUGGACAGUUGUGGAUGUUGACCCGCCCCCACGGUCAAAUGAGCCCAAAGCCCAGGCCCAGCCAGGCUGGCUCCUGAGGGGCUUGAAGCCGUGGACCCAGUACGCCGUGUUCGUGAAAACACUGGUCACCUUCUCAGACGAGCGAAGAACAUACGGUGCAAAGAGUGAAAUCAUCUACGUCCAGACCAAUGCUACUGUUCCGUCGGUCCCGUUGGAUCCGAUAUCUGUUUCCAACUCCUCGUCCCAAAUCAUCCUGAAGUGGAAGCCGCCCUCGGAGCCCAAUGGGAACAUCACGCACUACCUGGUGUUCUGGCAGCAGCAGGCAGAAGACAGCGAGCUCUAUGAACUUGAUUACUGCUUGAAAGGAUUAAAACUGCCCUCAAGGACGUGGUCUCCUCCUUUUGAAUCUGAAGACCCUCAGAAGUAUAAUCAAAGUGAAAAUGAGGAAGUCAGUGGAGAAUGUUGUUCGUGUCCUAAAACAGACUCUCAAAUACAAAAGGAGCUGGAAGAAUCUGCUUUCCGCAAGACAUUUGAGAACUACCUUCACAAUGAGGUUUUCGUUCCCAGGUAG